CAUAAACACAAACCCAAUGGUGACUGAUGGUACUACUGCAACCCCAGCAGCAACACCAACAACAACAACAACAACAACAAUCAAUGGACAUCCCUUUCAUCAGCCUUCACCUACAAUAACAACAGCCAAUCAAGUCCCUCUAUAUCAUCAGCCAAUACAGCACGUUAAAAGUAACCUCAGUAACGAUGCUACAAAUCAUGCGUUUUACUUUUCUGUCAAUAAUACGAACAAUAAUACACUGAUAAAAUCCGAACAAGACCAGCCUAUUGUUUCGUCUCAGCAAGGCUUGAAUGAGCAACAAUGGGUCACGCCAAAUCCCAACUAUUUAACAGCCAAAUACAAUAACGUCUCACCCUCUACUACCACGUCUCCGUCGUCCUCUACUUCAGCAUAUAACAAUAUCAGUAAUAACCAGGAUGCUAUGCUAUCAUCCUAUACUGGUGGCAUGGUUACAAACACUACUGCUACUGAUAAUCAAACCACGGUAAUGGGAGCAUCCGACAAUGCUAACUUGGAACCAGCUUUAACAAAAAAACAGACCCGCUAUUUGAUUUUUACUAUUGACUCUAAUCCCGUUAUUAAUACCACUACUAUUAACAUUACUUUCUUACUAACUACUAUUUCCUUUACCCAUUAAACAUACUCUUUCCCUUUUUUUUCUUUUUUUUUUUUAACCACACAUUAUAUGCACACGUAAUUUCUCAUAUUGUUUUUUAAGUUCUAUUUGC